AUGGCAGGCAGGAGCGAGUCCGUGCGACGCAGCCACAAGUCAGGCAAGGCCAAGACCGCGAACGGUGCUACUGCUGACGAUACCUCAGAGCUUAAGCUGCCCUCGAAGUCUCCAGGUAGCACCAGCGACGCCCCGCUCCCAGCCAAGCAGGCAGCGAUGAAGACCAAAUUCUGUCUCAACUGUCAGAAGGACCUCGCCCGUAACAUACGGAUUACAUGUGCCGAGUGCCAUACAAAGCCGUUGAUCGAUCUCUGUGUCGAGUGCUUUGCCGUGGGAGUCGAGCUGGGCGAGCAUAAGAAGACCCAUAAGUACACGGUCUCGGACUGUCUGGCCUUCCCUGUGGUUUACGAGCCUCCGACGAGCAUUGAGAGCAUGUCAGCUGCUUCAAUAGCUGUUGGUACCAAUGCAGCUGCCUUGCUUACGGCAGCUGGCAACGAUACGGCCAGUGCAGUGUGGACGGCAGACGAGGAACUACUGCUGCUUGAGGGCAUUGAGAUGUUCGGCAUGGGCAACUGGAAAGAUAUCGCGGAGCACGUGGUGACGAAGAGUGAAAAGAAGUGCGAACGACAUUAUUUGACGGCAUACCUUGGCUGGAAGGACCUGAUGCCUCGGUUUGUUGGCGAUGCUAUUGACGAGGGCAAGGAAGAAGUUGGGGAGAACGCAGCAGAAGAUAAGUUACAAUUGACGACGGAGGAGAAAGCAAUCGAGAUGAAUGCAGCAUCGGAUCAGGCGACUAGAGGGUCGUCUGGAGAGAGGAAUGUACCCAGUCAAUUGGCUGGAUACAUGCCGCUGCGGGGAGACUUUGAUGUGGAAUACGACAACGAAGCGGAAGUGGUUCUGGCAGAUAUGGAGUUUUCGGAUACGGAUCAUCCAGCGGAACGGGAGUUAAAGCUAAAGGUUAUUCAGAUUUACAAUCAGAAGCUGGAGAAGCGGAUGGAGCGCAAGAAGUUUGUCGUGGGACGCGGAUUGCUGGACUACAAGUUGCAUCAGCAUACGGAACGGAAGCGUCCGAAGGAGGAGCGCGAGUUGCUCGCACAGGUGCGGCCGUUUGCUCGGUUUCAGACCCCAGAAGAACACGAUAAGUUCGUGGAAGGUUUGAUUACAGCCAUGCGACUGAAGAAGCAGAUCAUGUUACUACAAGAGUAUCGCAAAAAUGGCGUUCGUACGCUGGCAGAGGCAGAGUUGUAUGAUGCAGAUAAGAAGAAGCGCGAGCUGGAUCAGGCGAUACAGAAGCAGCGCGAUAGCGCCGCUUAUUUAUACGAGUCAGGUCGUACGACUUCCAGCCGCGACCGCGCCAGCCGGUGGCACAAUCGGGAGCAGAUCGUGAACGGCGAUGCUAGUGGCGACAGUUCAAGAAACAGAGCAUCUGGAGUAGGUGGUCUCGAGGUGAUUGCAACGGACUUUUCCAUCGAAGGCACGCCAGGCAGCCAUUUACUUACUUCAAAGGAGAAGGAGGUGUGCAGGAAGCUGAAGUUGCUUCCAAAGCAUUAUUUGGUGAUAAAAGACGCACUAGUUCGCGAGUGCUAUCGUUUGGGGUACCUGACGAAAAAGAUGGCCAAAGAGAUGGUACAAAUAGAUGCGAACAAAACCAGUCAGGUAUACGACUUUUUCGUCAAGUGUGGCUGGGUCAAGACGGAGAGCGCCAUUACAACUGUUUCGCCAUCGUUGAAGUCGGUGAAUUUGAAAAGUCCUAAGGAGAGCAAGACAUCGGUAGAGAACGCCAAAGUCGAGUUACCUGCCAAGCGGAAAGCCUCCGAAAUGGAGGCAGACACAAAAAUGUGA